UCAACAACCGGUCCAACCUUUCACCAUGGCUGUUGAUCGACUGAACCAAAUGAAAGACAAACUAAAACACAUUUUUCUUCUCUCUGCUGUUGGAUAUGUGAUUUACCUGGUGAUAUGUAACGUAUAUGAGAGGCACGUGCAACAACUCAGGAUUGCGUCAGCUGACUGGCUACGUCACUUGUGGGGGCUGGUGACUCUCACCUUUAAUCACAGUGACCUUCACCUGUAUGUUGUAGGUUCCUUUGUAUUCACCUUCUGCGUGUUUUGGUUGUCGAACUUGUUCCUGAUCGUCCUUGACCUCACAGGGAAGCCAUCUUACUUUUUGAAAUAUAAAAUACAGAAAGACAAAAACUGUCCGCUGAACCCAUCAGACUUGAAGCGGGCGGUGAAGGUCGCGCUGUUCAACCAGACGGUCGUGGGGAUUCCCUUUCUCUACUUCAUCUACGUCACGAUGACGUGGCGCGGCUGCUCGACGUCAGCAGACGACUUGCCGUCACCUAGCCAGAUUUUAGUCCAUCUGAUCGCCUUUGUCUUGGUCGAGGAAAUCGGCUUUUAUUAUUCGCACAGGCUGCUGCACCACCCACGCCUGUACAAGCACAUCCACAAGAAGCACCACGAGUGGACGGCGCCCGUGGGGGUGGUGUCCAUUUACGCCCAUCCAGUCGAGCACAUCUUCGCUAACCUCCUACCCCCGGGGCUGGGCCCCAUCCUGAUGGGUUCGCACCUCUCCACCGCCUGGCUAUUCUGGGGCAUCGCUAUUGUCUCCACCACCGUAGACCAUGGAGGGUAUCGAUUCCCGAUAUUCCUCUCGCCCGAUUUCCACGAUUUCCAUCACUUUAAGUUUAACGUUAACUACGGUGUUCUGGGCAUCCUCGAUCGUCUACACGGCACCGACUUGUUGUUUAGGAAAUACACGGAUGGGCAGAGGGCAGAUGGGCAGAGGGCAGAUGGGCAGAGGGCAGAUGAACGUAAAACUGUUUGACCAAAACCAUAAAAACGACUUCACAUUUUUUAAAAUAAACUUUGCAACAAACAACGAAAAGUAUCAAUCAAUACCAUGCUCACAAUAAAAAUAUUACAAAAACACUCGAACAUUGUAAGCCUACUGACAGUC